GUUACACACUGUUAUAAACGUUAGCUGGCGACAAUAACUCUCUUUCAUUUGUAUUGAAUUGUCGACCACCUGGCGUAUCAUUAUGUCGUCAACGAACCGUGUUCCACCCCCACCGGUGCCAGACCCGACAAAGAUCUUCCAGCGUGGCUUGUUCAAGGGCAAGGUGGUGCUCGCCACCGGAGGCGGCAGCGGAAUCGUGAUGGAGAUGGUCAAAGCCUUGAUGCAACUCGGCGCUGAUGCGAUAAUCAUCUCACGUUCGAAGGAGAAGAUCGAGAGUAGUGCUGCCGACCUUUCUCGGGAGACCGGGCAGAAGUGUGUCGGUUUUUCCGCUGAUGUCCGCAGCCCGGCGCAGCUUAAGGAGGCAGUUGACAACGGUGUAAAGGAGUUGGGCAAAAUCGAUUUCGUCAUUUGUGGGGCCGCUGGGAAUUUCCUUGCGCCUAUCUCUGCCUUAUCCGAAAAUGCCUUCAAGACGGUCAUCGACAUUGAUACCUUGGGUACGUACAAUACCGUAAAAGCUACAAUGGAGCAUGUGAAGAGGACCCAUGGCGCAUACAUUCAUGUUUCGGCGACUCUCCACUACAGAGGUUUGAUCUACCAAGCGCAUGCUUCUGCGGCGAAAGCCGCUGUGGAUGCGCUGUCACAGGUCAUCGCAGUGGAGCUCGGUCCCUUCGGCGUCCGCAGCAACAUUGUCGCUCCUGGGGCUAUUAUGGGCACUGUGGGAAUGAAUAAGCUAUCCAAGAAGAAGGACGGCGAAGAUCAGAUGGGCGAGGCGAUGCUAGGUCGUUGGGGUGAGAAGAGCGAUAUCUCGUCCAUUGCGUGUUAUCUCUUCAGUGAUGCUGGCGCUUGGAUUACUGGACAGAAAUUUGUUGUCGAUGGUGGGGAACUGCACAUGCCACCACAGAUGACAUCGGGCAACUUCCCUUAUCCUCAGGCAGUUGUCGACCCAGCGUCGGUCGUAGGUUUGAUAAAAUCGCGCCUGUAG